CUUCCUGAUCUUCUUUGGUGCAGAGAGGAAGAACGCCACAGAGCCAGUUAAUGAUUCCUAAGUCCCAAGUGGGUGUUACAUGUUUGCUGGAAGGCUGGGCCAUGUGACAUCCCAGGCUUGGGGACUCUCCUUCAUUCUGGCUCCAGGACUCCAGCUCCACAAUGCGUCCUGGCCUCUGGGAGACAUGCUUCUGGUUGUGGGGACCACUUUUAUGGCUCAGCAUUGGAAGUUCAGGGAACGUACCCCCUACCACCCAACCCAAGUGCACGGACUUCCAGAGUGCCAACCUCCUCCGAGGCACCAACCUCAAGGUGCAGUUUCUCCUCUUUACCCCCUCGGACCCCAGCUGUGGGCAGCUAGUAGAAGAAGGCAGUGACAUCCGGAGCUCUGAGUUCAACGCCAGUCUGGGAACCAAAGUAAUUAUUCAUGGAUUCAGGGCGUUAGGAACAAAGCCUUCUUGGAUCGACAAGUUUAUCAGCGCUGUCCUGCGGACAGCGGAUGCUAAUGUGAUCGCAGUGGACUGGGUUUAUGGUUCUACGGGCGUGUACUACUCAGCAGUGGAGAAUGUGGUCAAGCUGAGCCUGGAGAUCUCCCGUUUCCUCAGCAAACUUUUGGAGCUGGGCGUGUCAGAGUCCUCAAUCCACAUCAUUGGUGUCAGUCUGGGGGCUCAUGUUGGAGGCAUGGUGGGACAUUUCUACAAAGGCCAGUUGGGACAGAUCACAGGUCUGGAUCCUGCUGGACCAGAGUACACCAGAGCCAGCCUGGAGGAACGCUUGGAUGCUGGAGACGCCCUGUUUGUAGAAGCCAUCCACACAGACACAGACAAUUUGGGUAUCCGGAUUCCUGUCGGACAUGUGGACUACUUUGUCAACGGAGGCCAAGACCAGCCUGGAUGCCCCACCUUCUUUCACGCAGGUUACAAUUACUUGAUCUGUGAUCACAUGAGGGCUGUACACCUCUACGUCAGUGCCCUGGAGAACACCUGCCCACUGAUGGCCUUCCCCUGUGCCAGCUACAAGGCCUUCCUCGCAGGAGACUGUCUGGAUUGCUUUAACCCUUUCCUGCUCUCCUGUCCGAGGAUUGGACUGGUGGGACGAGGUGGUGUCAUGAUUGAGCCGCUCCCCAAGGAAGUGAAGGUUUAUCUCCUGACUACAUCCAGUGCCCCGUACUGUGUGCACCACAGCCUUGUGGAGUUUUAUUUGAAGGAGAAGAGAAAAAAGGAUACCAGCAUCGAGGUCACCUUUCUUAGCAACAAUGUAACGUCCUCCGUCAAGAUCACCAUACCUAAACAGCAACUUGAAGGGAGAGGGGUCAUGGCUCACCCCAACCCACAGUGCCAGAUAAACCAAGUGAAGCUCAAGUUCCAAGUUUCUAGCCGGGUUUGGAGAAAAGACAGGACUCCUAUUGUUGGGACUUUCUGUACUGCCCCUCUGCCGGUCAAUGACAGCAAGAAGACGGUCUGCAUACCUGAGCCAGUGCGUCUGCAAGCAGGCAUGCCUGUUUUUCAGGACCUGAAAAUAGCCUGCGUGUAGCCUGAGCCUACGCAGGAGGCAGUAGCCGCAGUUUUCCGAGGGCAGUGUGGCAAGAGCUGAAUGUGAGAGCCGAAUUUCACCCCAUUUCUACUAAGGGGGAAGGCCAAAUUCUUGGUGGUUUUCCCUGUAAGCAGUUACUGUGGAGGGGACAGAUGACUCAUGUUACAGACCUUGAUCUCCGUCACCAACAUCUAAAGCUUUACAUAAAUGCCCUUUCAGCUUCUCUAUUUCGACACAACUGCGAUUGCCUCACACCCUUAAGCAUCUAUACUUAGGAUUCAAUAGAAAUGUACGCAGAGAAAUGUUUUAAAUAAACUGCCAUGGAAUAUCUGAA